AUGGCGCCAACCGGUGGUGCAGCAGGGGGAGGCGGAGGAGGAGGCAACAUCAAAGUCGUUGUGCGAGUACGACCAUUCAACACAAGAGAAAUCGAUCGCAAUGCAAAAUGUAUCGUACAAAUGCAGGAUGCGCAGACUGUCUUGCAGCCUCCCCCCGAGGCCGAAGACAGGUUACGAAAGGGAGGGAAGGGAGGAUCAGAACACCAGAGAACGUUCAAGUUCGACAAGUCAUAUUGGUCUUUCAGCAAGGCAGAUCCUCAUUACGCUGGUCAGGACAAUUUGUUCAAUGAUCUGGGCGUGCCAUUGCUUGACAAUGCGUUCCAGGGCUAUAACAACUGUAUCUUUGCCUAUGGCCAGACCGGUUCUGGUAAAUCGUACAGCAUGAUGGGUUAUGGAGAGGAUGCUGGUGUCAUUCCACGUAUCUGUCGGGAGAUGUUUGAGCGCAUCAAUGGUGUACAGUCUGAUCCCAAUUUGACUUGCACAGUUGAAGUCUCAUACCUGGAAAUCUACAAUGAGCGAGUCCGCGACUUGUUGAAUCCUGCGACGAAAGGGAACCUCAGAGUCCGAGAACAUCCAUCGACUGGUCCCUACGUCGAGGACCUGGCCAAAUUGGCCGUCCGCUCCUUCCAGGAAAUCGAGAAUCUGAUGGACGAAGGCAACAAAGCACGAACGGUCGCUGCUACAAACAUGAACGAAACCUCAAGUCGUUCGCAUGCGGUCUUCACGCUGACCUUGACUCAAAAAAGACACGACGUGGAAACCUCGAUGGACACCGAGAAAGUUGCCAAAAUCAGCCUGGUAGAUUUGGCAGGCUCUGAAAGGGCAACCUCAACAGGCGCCACUGGAGCUCGACUGAAGGAGGGUGCCGAAAUCAAUCGUUCACUGUCGACUCUCGGUCGAGUUAUUGCCGCAUUGGCAGAUUUGUCUUCUGGCAAAAAGGGUUUAAAGGUCCCCUAUCGAGAUUCAGUCCUUACAUGGCUUUUGAAGGACUCACUAGGUGGUAACAGUAUGACUGCCAUGAUCGCCGCUAUCUCUCCGGCAGAUAUCAACUUUGAAGAGACGUUAAGCACUUUGCGGUACGCAGACUCGGCCAAGAGGAUCAAGAAUCAUGCUGUUAUUAACGAGGAUCCGAAUGCACGCAUGAUCCGUGAACUCAAAGAGGAACUUGCGAAACUUAGAAGUCAACUUGGAGGAGGUGGGAUUCCAGGGGCAACCGAAGAAGUAUACCCUCCCGAUACGCCCCUGGACAAGCAGAUGGUUUCCAUUGUUCAAAGCGAUGGAUCUGUGAAACGUGUCAGCAAAGCUGAAAUCAUGGAUCAAUUGAGCCAAAGUGAAAAGCUGUACGAAGACCUCAAUCAAACUUGGGAGGAGAAAUUGCAAAAGACAGAAGAGAUCCACAAGGAAAGAGAGGCAGCUUUGGAAGAGUUGGGUAUCAGUAUAGAAAAAGGCAAUGUUGGAAUGAGUACUCCGAAAAAGAUGCCUCACCUGGUCAAUUUGAGCGAUGAUCCACUACUGGCAGAGUGCCUUGUUUACAACCUCAAACCAGGCAUUACAACAGUUGGUAAUGUGGAUUCAUCGGAAGCGUCAGAGAUACGACUCAAUGGCUCUAAGAUACUUGAGCACCAUUGCAAGCUGGAAAAUGUCGAUAAUGUCGUCACAAUCAUCCCAAAUGAAGGUGCUGCUGUCAUGGUUAACGGUGUGCGAGUCGACAAGCCGAGACGGCUUAAGAGUGGCAAUCGUAUCAUCCUGGGAGAUUUUCAUAUUUUCCGAUUCAACAACCCACUGGAAGCAAAAGCCGAACGGGCGGAGCGGAGUCUUCUACGACACUCUGUUACUGCAAGCCAGCUCAACUCCCCUACACCGUUUCGACCUUCACAUGAAAGGUCUUACAGUGCCACCAACUCGGACUUUGAGGGCGAUUCGAGUAGAGCUCAAUCGCCAGGAUUUAAUAACGGAGCUUCGGAUUGGUUGUUAGCUCGAAGAGAGGCCGCCGGUGCUCUGCUUGGGUCUGAUCCGAAGAUCAUGCAAUUAACAAAUGAAGAAUUGGAUAAUCUUUUCGAAAACAUCCAGCGAGCGCGUGAGGAACGACGCGGUCGGCACGAGAGCAAACUAUACGAGCACGACGAAGAUUCUGAUGAUUUGAGCUCGUUUCUUGUUAGAGACAAGUACAUGUCCAACGGGACAAUGGACAAUUUUUCCCUGGACACAGCCUUGACACUCCCUGGAACGCCUUCGCUGCACGGCGGCUCGCAGGAGGAUGGCGAUGUAACAUUGACUCCGAGCCAAUUCGAGUCAUCAAAUGAAGCAACCACUGUGCCCAGUGCAGAAACAAAAUCUGACGCAGACGUUCCCCAAGCAUCAAAGGAGCCCGAACAAGAGACCCAGUCCCGUCAAAUGCAAAAAGAACUCGAACGUGCCAAGCAAGAAUUUCAGGAAGAACUUCGCAAGCAGAAAGAGGCUUUCGAGGCUCAGAUCAAGAAGAUGGACCUCGAGGUUCGGACAAGAGAGGCUGCAAGGAGAACAUCUGGAUUCGUCCCACUAGAUGCGACGGAAAUCGCAGUGGCUCGAAAUGUUGUCGAGAAAUGGCAACAGAGAAACUAUAUUCUCAUCGCAGAAGCUGUCCUUCAGAAUGCGGGUCUGCUCAAGGAAGCCCAAGUCAUGGCCAAGCUGCUGGAGCAAGACUGCAACUUCCAAUUCAUUAUCCUGGAUCUCGGGGAAGAUCGGGGUUCCUCCUAUGAUCUCAUUCUGCACGAUAUAUCAGGCGACGACGACGAUGCACUUGCUAAUGCUCGUAAACCCUGCUUGGCAGUGCGUGUGGUCGACACCCAGCUAAGUUGCGUUCAGCUCUGGUCUCUCGAAAAGCUACGCCUGCGGUUAAGCAAGAUGCGCCAAAUGCACCAAUACAAGGACCAGCCCGAAUACCUACAACACUUCAGAAUGGACAACCCUUUCCGUGAUUCCGACCAAGCCCUAUUUUCUCUCGUGGGAGACGGCAGUAUUCCUCUCACAGCCGUUUUCGAGACGAGAGUCCAGGAUUUCAUCGUCGAUGUCUUGUCACCUUCGACCCGACAAAUUGUAGGGAAGGUCAGAAUGUCAUUAGAACCGUCCUUAGCUGAGUCGCCACCUUCCACCAUCAAGUUCAAUAUCAUCAUGCGUGAUCUUGUUGGCUUUUCGGAGCACGAAGGUACACAAGUCCAUGCACAAAUGACUGUCUUAGGGACUGCUGAUGAGAGCGUCGCGACUACCCAGUCAAUUCAAGGGUUUGGCGACGGUCCUGUUCGAUUCGAAAGCAUUCACAAUCUGAGCGUUCGUCGAUCCAGCGAGAAGUCUGCGACUCUAAAGAUUGCCAUUUUUGCUCAAGUUACUUCAACUCAUCUUGACAAAUUGAUUAGUUGGGAUGAGCUUCGUGAAAUGAACGAAUCGCCACCGGAUCAUCAACCUGCUCCUCGUCUGCCGGAGUCAGAAUACAGUGUUGAGGAGCGGCAUGAUGUCUUUGCCAAAGUUCAAAUGCUUGAGCUCGCCGAGAAUGGCCAAUACAUGCCUGUUGAGGUGCUUCAAACCAGUGCUGAUGAUAAUGGAGCGUUCCAGCUGCACCAAGGCUUGCAAAGAAGGAUCUCGAUCACCUUGACACACAGUUUCACCGAAAGUCUGCCCUGGGAUGAUUUGAACGGUCUGCGGAUUGGCGAAGUCCAUUUGAUCGAUUCCUCCGGCCGCAUCGCUGAUAUCACAUCUGUCACACCAGACAUCGCUCUGAAACAAAUCCAAGAACCGAUGAUCAAAGACAAUGCCGAUGGCACUUCCAACAUUACAGUCGUAGGACAAUGGGACAGUUCUCUCCACAAAUCUCUCCUUUUGGAUAGAGUGACGAACGAACACUGCAGAGUACAGGUUGCGCUUCGUUGGAAUGUUGCAUCGAGCCGAUUGGAGCAACCUAUGACAUUCUCAAUCGAUCAACAGCUGCAAAUACUACCAAGAUCAUACGUGCGGCCUCAGUCAAUGUUCAAAACGUUCUGGAAUCAAACUAGAAUCACACAUUCAACUGACGGGCUUUUCUCAAUCGUUGUUCGUCCCAUCAGUGCGCGACGAGCGGCCGAUCUAUGGCGCUUGGACACUUCUAAGAACUAUGUCAAGGGUGAAGAGCUGCUGGGUCAUUGGAGUCCGCGCGGUAUCUCGCUGGUCAAAGAUUACAUUGUCGCUCGGCGUAAGCGACGACAAUUGCAAGAUAUCGAAACAGCAAGGGCAGCACUUGGCUUGAAGAGGCUAAGCAUCAACAAGAUCCGGUCCCGUGCUGCGUCGCCGUCAAAUACGGACCCAAGAGAAGAAGCCUUGCUUCGUAAGUAUCUAGCCAUUUGGAUGAAACCAAGUGUCGAAAUGUCAAAUCCAAUUUUCGACACUGAGCAUUCUAUUUCGACGCCAGCAGGUAACUCGACCCCCCUGAGUGAAGCCGGGAACACUGCAAGCUCGAGUCGCAAGACACGUUACCUCGCGACAGUCACAAACAACCCAAAGAACCCUGUUUCGCUGAAAUCAGGCUACCUGCUCAUGCCUUCCGAGAAUCUCGACCCAAGCCACGCCCAAUCCAUGCAGUGGAAGCGCCGCUUCGUCGACCUCCGCCCUCCCUAUCUUCACAUACACUCGGUCCCGGAUGGCGAGGGGAUCAAUGCAAUCAACCUCGUUCACGCUCGAAUCGACCACGACCCGGACUUCAAGCGCUUACUGGGCAGCGGCUCGAUAUCAUCCGGCGACGCGGACUAUGCCGAGCGAGGACACCGAAGAGCAGGUAGUUCCGAACUCCACGGUCUUGCUCACGUCUUUGCUGUGUACGGCGAACAAAAUACAUUUCUGUUUGCCGCGCGCAAUGAAAGUCAGAAGGACGAUUGGAUCCUCAAGAUUGACCAGAGCUAUUUUGGCACGGAAGAAGACGAGCGAUCUUGA